AGUGCAUGGGAGCCAACGAGUCACAAACUUCCUUUUUUCUGGAAAUAAUUUCGCAAAAUUAAUUCACAAACAUUAAUUUCUUGAAUUUCUUUUCAUUAUUACUUAUUACGCAUAUUUAAAUACAAUUAAUUCCUUUCAUUUGUAAAUAAAAAAUGCACAUGAUAUAUCGCAAUGAACUCAACCCGGAUAACUCAUUUGAUUUGCUGAUUCAAUUACUAACUAUAUGAUCACGUGAAUUUGUUUUGAAGAAAGACCAAAAACUGCUAUUUCACACUCCAGCUACACACGUAUGUAUAAAAUAGUAGAUUCUUCUCCACCCAACUUGGGAUCGUGCACUGAUCAUUCAGUUCGGUUUCAACAACAAAGACUUGUCCGUAACGCUACUGUGAAAGUUGUAAUUUUUAUCCACUGAAGCACUUAUAAACUUUUAUUAAUGGCCGCGGAUCGCAAUACGCCAGAAGGAGUUGAAAAUUGGUUGAUUCAGUCGUCAACCAAUCCUUGGUUGUUUCCUUCGAUCGUAGGUCCGGAACUUACAAGGGAAAUACUGCAGCAUAUUUGUAGUCGUUGGAACUUAUAUCCUUCUAACAUUAAGCUGGGAGUUUUGUUUGCACUUUUGUGCAUUAGGAAACUCUUGCUGAGUAGUAUGGGAAAUGAACUGACUGCGAUAAUUACAAAUGGAUGCAAUGACAAUGACGAGUGGGUCCGCUUAGUAUCAAAAAUGUUACAAAAUUAUCCAUCCACAGGUACACUUGACCUUAACAUAGAACAACAUAUUCCUGAGGACGCUCAGCUUGGACUUCAAAGUUUAAUGGAACGCAUACAACAAACUGGAAUAAAAUUUCAUCCGACAGAAUAUGCUUUUAUAGAUCGUGACAUAAGUGAUGCCUUUUCAACUCUUUCAAUCAACACAGAAGCUGUUCGUUCGCCCUCUUCACAUUUUACUUUAAGGCAGGGAAUUGAAAUAUCAAAGCAACAACGUUUACAUGCCCUGAACAAUGUAGCAAUGCCACCACCUUCGCCAGGAUUAACCUCUCCUGUCAAUGCAACAGGAUUUAAUUUUAUGUCAGAUCAGAAUCGGAUUGGUUCAUCACAAGGCCUUCCUUCGAAUCGAUCAACUACUUCAUCGGGGCCUUCGUUAUUUAUUCCUCCUAAACGUCGACCUUCACAAUUGUCACAACCAUUCCACAGACCUCCGAAUCCUUCUCGUGGAUCUUUUUCUGGAUCUACACAAGGACCAGAUUCACCAACAGAGCCAAAAAUUACUCAAGGAAAAAAAUAUGUGAAACCGACGAAAAUUCAAAUGCUUGAUAUAACAACAGCAACAACUAUAACACGAAAUCAAGAAGAAACAAAACUUAAAACACAAAUGGAGGAACAACAAAUGAAAGAAAUGCGAAGACAGGAACGGGAAAAACGUCAAGAAGAAAAAAGACGCGAAGAAGAGGAGAAAAAAAAACAAAAAGAACGUGAAAAGGCUGAGAAAGCAAAACUAAAGGAGGAAGCCAGACUAGCAAAAGAGAAAGAAAAACGUGAAAAGGCUGCAGCAAAAGCGGCGGCGGCGGCAGCAGCAACAGCGGCUUCUAAUGAAAUGGGUGACAUACAACCGACUAAUGUUCCCGCAGUUACACGAAAAAAAAAGAAAAUUAAUAAUGAUGAAACAGUUGAAGAUGAAAUUGUAUCGGAUGAAGAAUUGCCACACAAGAAGCCUAAGAAAGCGGUGGCACCUACGUCUUCAUUAUCACCAACGCAUCUAUAUCAGCCAGAUAACUCAACAGAUAAUUUCAACACUGUUAUGAUAUCACAGAACGGUUCGGGUUCAAAUCCAGUUAAUACAUCAACUACAGCUGAGCCAGUAUCAUCAGUAUCUGAACAUCCUAUGGCUGCAGAUUUAGAACUGCCAAAAUCACAAUUUGAAGAAAUACCCAAGAUCGAAAUGACUGAAACAAUGAGAAAACAAUUCGAAAUGAAUUGCGGAGCAGUUCUUGAUAAAUCUAAUAAGAUUCACGGAGACAACCGUCAGCUCAUAAUAAACUUUUUAGGUGGACAUCACACUAAACCAGAACAACGCGAAAAACUUAUGAGUAUAUCAAGUGGAGUAUCUUGUAAUGAAGAUGAGAUUCGCCAUAUUAUUUUACAUGAAGAAAAGACGCCAAUCCCUAAUGAAGGCAAGGAAAUUCAAGAAACUUUCAUAUUUGAAAUGAAUUUGUCAAAUGGCCAAUGGAGAAAGCUUAAGAGAAAAAAGACCAAGGCAGUAAAAAAUCCAAAUUUGGAAGCUUUAAACGGUAGGCCAAAUGGUAAGCUUCAUGGGUAAUAAAGAGAUAUUACCUAGAAAAGGUAAAAGAUUUUAAUAGUUUAUUAGUUAUUAUUGUAUUGUUGAAUUAUUAUAAUAUAUAUUAUUAUCUAGUUAGUUAUUCUGUUACAAUCAAAGAUUGAAUAUAAAUAUCGAACUUAUUGGAGAA